CUUGAAGCCGGUGAGGUGUGGUGCGCUGCGUGCUGAAUAUGACCGCGACCAAUGCGAUCGAGAUUGGCGAAGAUGGCCAGGCAUUUGAUCUGAACUGUUUCUGCGUGCCCAAGCACUACGAGACGGAUCUGGAGUACGUUCUUAUACCAUAUGGUGUCAUUCAGGACAGGAUCGAGCGGCUGGCGCGCGACAUUUUCCAGGAGUUCGGCCAGGAGCCGCUGACGGCACUCUGCGUGCUUAAAGGCGGGUACAAGUUCUUCUCCGACCUCAUGGACAAGAUCAAUCAGCUCAACUGCAACCAGGGCCAGAAGUCCAUCCCUGUGUCACUCGACUUCAUUCGUCUGAAGAGCUAUGAGAACGACCAGUCUUCCGGCCAAAUCCAGAUUUUGGGCGGAGACAACCUAUCCACGCUGAAGGGACGCAACGUGCUCAUUGUGGAGGACAUCAUCGAUACUGGCAGGACCAUGGUGAAGCUGCUUAGCACACUGGAGCGGUACGAGCCCAAAUCGGUGCGCGUUGCCAGCCUGCUGGUCAAACGCCGAGAGGACAACGACCGGAAGCCGGGCUUCCUUCCUGAAUAUGCGGGAUUCAUAGUGCCGGAUAAGUUUGUAGUCGGGUACGCGCUCGACUAUAACGAGUACUUCAGGGAUCUGAACCAUAUCUGCGUUAUCAGCGAAGAAGGUAUCAAGAAAUACAGUCAAUAACAUUACCAGCACACCUGGAGUGCACACCGGAUGAGCAGCACACAGCGGCUCCCAUGGCCGCUGACCGCCGGUGUCGCGGAGUCAGCUCCCUGGGCGUCCCGUUGGCCCAGGUCGGAGUGUUUUAGCUAUCCCGCCUACCGCCAGUACCUCUGUAAUCGCUUAAAUGUGUCGUUCAGGCAUCACUUGAAGGACACUGCUGAAGUGAUUAAGGAUUUUAUUCUAGGAAGUGUUCAAAGCGAUGCUGAUUGAGUUUUGCAUAUAUUGUCAAUAAACUUCGAAUACGAUCGACUUC